AUGGAGCUUCACACUUUGGCUCAGCAGCAGCAGCAGCUGCAGCAGCAGCAGCAGCAAAUGCAGCAGCAGCAGCAACAACAGCAGCAGCAGAUGCUGCAGCAACAAGAGCAGCUAGCGGAAGCCAUUAAGCAGCAGCAACAGCAGCAGCAGCAAAUGCAGCAAAUGCCACCGCAGGAGAUUCCGCCAUUUCCUGCGCCAGCAGCAGUUGAAACAGCAGCAGCAGCAGCAGCACCUCCAGCAGCAGAAGAAAUCCCCGAAGCAGCAGCAGAAGCUGCUGCUGCACCGCCACCAGCAACUCCGCUGCCAUCAGAAGCAGAAACCGCAGCAGCAGCAGAAGCACAACCCCCAACAGCAGCAGAAGCACAACCCCCAGCAGCAGCAGCAGCACAACCCCCAGCAGCAGCAGCACAACCCCCAGCAGCAGCAGCAACAGCAGCAGGCCCCGCCCCCAUCAACAUUUCAAAUUACAACUGCGGCGGCGGCUGCUGCAGCGAAGCAGCAACAACAGCAGCAGCAGACACCCUCUGGGCCAGAAUCCAAAGGCUCUCGGAGCUGCUGGAGAGCAGAGAGGCAAACCCUACUCCCCAAACCUCCUUCUAA